AUGCAGACUUUGGGAACUUCAGGGUUCCUUCGGAAGGUGAGCAAGCAGCAGCGGAUGAACGAGUGUAACCGAGACCCGACCUCCUCUCACUCCUGCGUUCCCGUAGACGCCAUCAAUCCUAACGGUAAGGGUGAUGAGGGAAUCGAGGUCCAACGCGCCAUGGCCGAGGGCGGCAGCAGCAGCACUAGUGGAGGGGUGCGUGUUCCCCAGGACACCAAGACAGGGGCUGCGUUGGCAGAUGAGAGGGUGGACUUUCUCCGGGAGCAGACUGACAAGUGGAAUCGUUUCAUUGGGGCGGAGGAGAACCAGAGGAUUCUACUGGAUUUCCUGGACCAUGUCUGGAGUGACCGACUACUGCUCUUCACUGGUCCUGGGGGAACACUACAUGCUGGAGACGCACAGACGUCAGCCCCUUGGAAGACCAAGCUGAUGUGCGUGCUGAAGAAGGGGGUCCUGAGGAUCACCAUGCAGGGCUUCAGGACUCAGCUGUGGCUGGGGGAGGUCUCCGGACACCCCAUGGAGCACAUGCCGCUCCUCAUCUCCGAGGUUCUGGUGUCAGUGUUAUCUAACUCUCUGAACCACGGCGGUUGGCCUCGGGUGGUGUCUGAGGACAUUCACAGACACCUGGAGCAGCUGAGGAGCAAAGUGGUCACUCUGAGAGGCAGGGCAGAGGGACGCACCCUGCUGCCCCUACCACUGUGUGUGGAGAGAGCUCAGCCACAGGACAUACUGCUCAGCUCUAAUGGCUGGCCGAUAGACCGGGCUCUGCUGUACUCCAUAGAGACCCUGGUGAUCCAGUGGUCCGGUCAGAUCUGGACCGUCCUGAAGAGGGAUUCCAGCAUGGUGCUGCAGCAGGGGGACCACCCGGGCCCCAGCGCGGAGCUCCACUUCUGGGCCUGUCAGAGAGGCAACCUGCUAGGCGUCCAUUCACAGAUCAUGAACCCUAAGGUGGAACAGAUCAUGGAGAUUCUGAGGAGGAUCAAGAGCAGUUACUACGCCUCCUUCCACGACAUCUGCCUCAAAGUCAACCAGGCGGUUUUAGAGGCUGAGGAUAUAGACCUCUACCUGAGACCACUGAGGAGACUGAUCAGUUGUUUUGAGGAGGGGAGUUUCAACAAGACAGAGAUGCUGUUACCCCCUCUCUUCCACACUCUGUGUCUCAUCUGGAGCCGCUCGCAAUACUACUGCCGCCCCCCGCGCAUGGUGCUCCUACUGCAGGAGUUCUGCAAUUUACUCAUCGAGAAGGCGUUUGCGUAUCUGAUCCCAGAGGAGCUGUUUAAGAUGGAACUGGAAGAAGGAGUGGAGAGGGUUCAGAUGGCCAUCAGUGUUUUGCGGAGCUUCAAGCGCCUGUUCCACACACACCGCCAGCGCAUCCCUCAGUACUACCGCAGUGGGGAGACUGUCAAACAAUGGGACUUCCCUUCCACUCUGGUCUUCCACAGGGCUGACCACGUACUGGGCAGGCUGCUCAUGAUCGAGGAGCUGUUUGCGUCUGCGCUGGACUUCCUGAAGCUGGAGAAGGUUGAACUGGGAGGGUCGAGGGGGAAGAUCCUGAGUGAGAUGGUGUUCAGUAUGAACGAGGAGUUCCACGACAGCUGGAGAACUCUGAGGGAGAGCAAAUAUGACCCGCUGGACUACACUAAAGAGGUGAAGCUCGACUUCCUAGUGGACUACAGGCGUUUCAUGGAGCAGAACAGAGACUUUGACCAGAGGCUGGGGACCGUUCUCAACCUGGCCUUCCAACACUCUAAAGGCCUGGAGUCUGCCUUCAAGCUCCUCCAGAUCUUUGGCACCCUCUUAGAGAGACCCAGGAUCAACCAGCUGUUCUCCCCAAACUACAGCACCCUGCUGGGCAUGUUCAACACUGAGAUAGACCACUGCCAGCUCAUACUGGACCAGCAGAGAGAGCGGUUGCGGUCGGGCUGUGAGGUCCUGAGUAAGAACAUGCCACCGGUCGCUGGCAACCUGAAGUGGUCACAGGAGCUACGAGACCGCAUCCUGACUAACCGCAGCAACCUCAACCAUCUCAUACGCAUGCCACUGGGUUCUGCCGAGGCGGAGCAGGUUCUCCAGAAGUGUGAGAGGGUUCUAGAGGUUCUAGACCAGCACGAUGAGGAGCUGUUCUCUGUGUGGACGGAGGGGUUGGAGGAACUGUGCAACACACACCUCCAGGAACCACUACUCACACUGGAUCAAGAGACAGGACUGUUCCAGGUCAACUUCAGCCCUGCACUGACCUCAGUGCUGAGGGAGGUGAAGUAUCUGAGCAUGUUGAAGAACCACAGCAUCCCUAAAGCUGCUCUACACCUCUACUCCAAACGAGAGACACUCUAUAUGUACACCCAGACCUUGGCCCUGAUAACCCAGUGGUACAAUCGGCUGCACAGCACCAUCCUGGCUGUGGAGCUGGGAUUGGUUAAGGAGGAGAUGGGCGGGACCAGACGGCAGCUAAAGCCCGCUCUCCAAGAACUGACCUGGAGUAGGGAUGACCUGUUGGACUAUGUCCAGACCACACGAGACCUGGUGCAGGACGUGUCCUGUAGGGUCCAGUCCAGUAAGGCUAAUGUUGAGGCCAUUCAGGCUCUGAUGGGGAAGUUCAGUCACCAGGCCUUCAUCACCAGGAAGACCAGGGGUUCUACCCUCCUCAUCCUCACUGACAUGGAGGAGAGCAUCAGCAAACAGUACACACUCAUCACCAACACAGGGGAGCAGAUACACACACUGCUAAAGGAGAACCUUGCUCUGUUGGGAGUGUCAGCCCCAGACUGUGCCGAGUGGAGGUCCUACACUGACUAUGUUGACCGCAUGGUUCUAGCAGGGUUCUCCAGUGCGGUACGCUGUUCCCUACAGUACCUGAUCGAGAACACUGACCCAGCCCUUCGCAUCGCCCCGCUCUUCGAGGUCCAGCUGGUCCUCAACGCCAACGAGAUGACCUUCGAACCCUCGCUGGACAUCAGUCACCAGGGAAACUUCUACGACAUCAUCGACAAGAUGGUGGGCGAUAUCACUAAGAUGGCAUCGUUCAUACCCCGCGUGGCCAAGCAUAAACAGAUGGACAACUAUCAGUCUGACAUAGACAGGAUGGCCGACCUGUCAGAGCUGGGCCAGGUCAUCAGAGGCCGUGCCCGAUCGACUAUUUCUCAGGUCAGAGAGUACCAGGUGUCAUUCUCCAGCUACCGCUACCUCUGGACAGAUGACAGGUCAGAGUUCAUGAGACAGUUCCUGCUGUAUGGUCAUGUCCUGAGCACAGAGGAGGCUGAGCUCUACGCAGACUAUGAACUGGCCAAGAACCCACCCACACUGGACAACUUUAAAGAACAGAUCAGCCUGUUUGAGUCUCUAUACGUGCGGGUCAGUAAGCUGGAGGACAGGAGAGUGUUCUGUGGCUGGCUGCAGCUGGACAUCAAGCCCUUCAAACUGGCUCUGACGAACAUCAUCAAGAGGUGGAGCUGGAUGUUCAAAGAGCACCUACUCAACCAUGUCAAUCAGAGUGUGAGCGACCUGGCAUUGUUUGUCCAGAACACAUCUUGUGGUCUGUCUAAUAAGGUCUCAGACGGGGACUAUGCUGGUCUGGUGGACAUUAUGGGUCAUCUGAUGGCCAUACGGGACAGACAGAUCAGUGCUGACCAACACUUCAAACCACUCAAGUCCACCACUGAUCUACUCAAGACCUAUGGACAGCAGCUACCAGGAAGUGUCUAUACACAGCUGGAGGAGCUGCCUGAGAAGUGGAAGAGUCUGAAAAAGGUCGCAUUUACAGUGAAACACGAGGUGGCCCCACUGCAGUCCAACGAGGUCUCCGUCAUACGUAGGAAGUGUGUCCGCUUUGAGAUCAAGCAGCAUGAGUUCAGAGAGCAGUUUCGCUCGGAGGUCAUCUUCAGAAUAGACGUGGAGGAGCCUUAUAAGCUGAUUGACAAGUCUAACCGUGUUGUAGCAGUGUUGGAGGCAGAGAUGCGUAAGCUCCAGGACACAGCUGAUCUGUUCGAGGUCAGUUUCCCUGACUACAAGCAGCUCCGCCAGUGUCGCUCUGACAUCAUCCUGGUCAAAGCCGUCUGGGACAUGGUCAUCUUCGUCAAGACCAGUAUAGAGGACUGGACUAAGACCCCGUGGAAAGAGAUUAACGUGGAGCAGAUGGACAUGGAGCUGAGGAGAUUUGCUAAGGAGAUGAAGACCCUGGAUAAGGAGGUGCGUGUGUGGGAUGUGUAUCUGGGUCUGGAGUCGACGGUGAAGAACCUGCUGACGUCUCUACGAGCGGUCAAUGAGCUGCAGAACCCUGCUGUCAGAGAGAGACACUGGCAACAACUCAUGAACACCACCGGGGUGCGGUUUGUGAUGUGGGAGGGGACCACUCUGGGAGACCUACUGGAGCUGCAGCUCCACAGGGUGGAGGACGAGGUCAAAAACAUAGUGGACAAGGCAGUCAAAGAGAUGGCCAUAGAGAAGGUGCUAGCUGAGAUUACUCAGACGUGGAGUGUGAUGGCGUUGUCUUAUGAGAAGCACCCCAGUAUAGAAACUCCACUGCUCAAGUCGGACGAAAACCUGAUUGAGACGCUGGAAGACAACCAGGUGCAGCUGCAAAACAUCCUGAUGAGUAAGUAUGUGGAGUACUUCCAGGCGGAGGUGAGUGGCUGGCAGAGGAGGCUAAUGGUGGCAGACCUGGUCAUCUCCUCCUGGAUGUCUGUCCAGAGGACCUGGGCCCACCUCAACAGCAUCUUCACCAACAGCCACGACAUACGCUCUCAACUAGCCCACGAUGCUGAGAGCUUCCAGGGCAUACACUCCGACUUCCAGAACAUGAUGACAGAGGUUGUCCGGACCCGUAACGUGGUGGAGGUCACCAACCAACCCGGCUUCCUGGAGAAACUAGAGGCUCUGCAGCAAAGGCUGUCAGUGUGUGAGAAGGCCCUGGCUGAGUAUCUGGAAACCAAAAGACUGACGUUCCCUCGGUUCUACUUUGUCUCUGCUACAGACCUACUGGAGAUCGUCUCCAAGGGAACACAGCCCAAACAGGCAGAGUGCUGGCUGAGUGAACUGGAGCGGACUAUGCGCUCUACUGUCCAGAGGGAGAUCCAAGAAGCGGUCGCUGCUUAUGAGGACAAACCCAGAGACCAGUGGCUGUUUGACUAUCCAGCACAGGUUGGUCUGACUGGCAGCCAGGUGUGGUGGGCGACAGACGUGGGCAUCGCCUUUGAGAGGGUGGAGGAGGGCUUUGAGACUGCCCUGAAAGACUACAACAGAAAGCAGAUCACCCAGCUGAACUCCCUGAUCCAUAUGCUCCUGGGAGACCUGACUCCAGGUGACAGACAGAAGAUCAUGACCUUGUGCACCAUCGACGUGCACGCUCGCGACGUGGUCGCCAAACUCAUAGCACAGAAGGUGACAACGGGACAGGCGUUUGCAUGGCUGUCCCAGCUGCGCCAUCGUUGGGAUGACGUGACGAGACACUGUUACAUCAACAUCUGUGAUGCUCAGUUCCAGUUCUCAUAUGAGUACCUGGGCAAUACCAACAGACUGGUCAUCACUCCACUCACUGACAGGUGUUACAUCACUCUGACCCAGUCUCUCCACCUGACGAUGAGUGGCGCCCCCUCUGGUCCAGCAGGCACUGGGAAGACUGAAACCACCAAGGACCUGGGCCGCUCCUUAGGCAUCAUGGUCUAUGUAUUCAACUGCUCCGAACAGAUGGACUACAAGUCCAUAGGGAACAUCUAUAAAGGUCUGGCCCAGACGGGUGUGUGGGGCUGUUUUGAUGAGUUCAACAGGAUCUCCGUGGAGGUGCUAUCUGUGGUGGCAGUACAGGUCAAAACCAUACAGGACGCCAUCAGGAACAAGAGACAGAGGUUCCAUUUCCUGGGUGAGGAGAUUGAGCUGAGGCCCACCGUAGGGAUUUUUAUCACUCUGAACCCAGGCUACGCUGGGAGAACGGAACUACCGGAGAACCUCAAGGCCUUGUUCAGGCCGUGUGCGAUGGUGAUUCCUGACUAUGAGCUGAUCUGUGAGAUCAUGCUGGUUGCUGAGGGAUUCAUCGAUGCUCGCCUGCUCGCACGCAAGUUCAUCAGCCUGUACACACUCUGCAAGGAGCUGCUCUCUAAACAGGACCACUAUGACUGGGGCCUGAGGGCCAUCAAGUCAGUGCUGGUGGUGGCUGGGUCACUGAAGAGAGAAGACAGGAGCAGACCAGAAGAACAGGUCCUGAUGCGAGCGUUGAGGGACUUUAACCUUCCCAAAAUAGUGACCAGUGACGUCCCUAUAUUCCUGGGUCUGAUCAGUGACCUGUUUCCCCAGCUGGAUGUCCCCAGGAAGAGAGACCCAGAGCUGGAGACAGCUGUACGACAGUCAGUCAGCGAACUACACCUGCAGCCUGAGGAAAACUUUAUACUCAAGGUGACUCAGUUGGAGGAGCUGCUGGCUGUCAGACACUCAGUGUUUGUAGUAGGAGGAGCUGGGACGGGGAAGAGCCAGAUUUUGAAGACCCUCCACAGAACGUAUGCUAAUCUGAGGAUGAAGCCUGUGUGGCACGACAUCAACCCUAAAGCUGUGACCACAGACGAACUGUUUGGCUAUCUACACCCUGCUACCAGAGAAUGGAAGGAUGGCCUGUUCUCCUCCACUAUGAGGGAGCUGACACGACAGGUGGGCCAUGACGGGCCCAAGUGGAUUGUUCUGGAUGGAGACAUAGACCCCAUGUGGAUAGAAUCCCUCAACACUGUCAUGGAUGACAACAAGGUGUUAACCUUGGCCAGUAAUGAGCGUAUCAGUCUAUCUUCCUCCAUGCGUCUGCUUUUUGAGAUCAGCCACUUGAGAGCUGCAACCCCAGCCACAGUCUCCCGCGCUGGGAUACUAUACGUCAAUCCACAAGACCUGGGCUGGAGCUCGUACGUAACAAGUUGGAUUGACACCAGGCAGGCCCAAUCAGAGCGAGCCAAUUUGACCAUCCUGUUUGACAAGUACGUCCCAUACUGCCUUGAGCAGGUCCGCUGUAACCUCAAGACCAUCACUCCUAUACCUGAGAACAGCAUGGUGCAGACGCUAUGUUCCUUGUUGGACUGCCUACUGACAGAAGACAACACUCCUCCUGACUCUCCCAGGGAACUCUAUGAGAUCUACUUCGUCUUCGCCUGCGUCUGGGCCUUUGGAGGAGCUCUGUUCCAGGACCACUUGAUAGACUAUCGCGCUGAGUUCAGUCGCUGGUGGUCGAAGGAGAUGAGAGCGGUGAAGUUCCCUUCGCAGGGCACAGUGUUUGACUACUUCAUAGACUCAGACACUAAGAAGUUCAGUCCCUGGAUUGAGAGGACGCCCCGGUUUGAGCUGGAGCCUGAUGUCCCCCUACAGACGGUGCUAGUCCACUCAGCAGAGACCAUCUGUCUGACGUACUUCAUAGACCUGCUGCUGCAGAGAGGCAAGCCUGUGAUGUUGGUGGGGAACGCUGGAGUAGGGAAGACCAUCCUGGUGUCUGAUAAAGUAGCCAAGCUAAAGGAGGACUACAUGGUGGCUAAAGUCCCCUUCAACUACUACACCACCUCGGCUAUGCUACAGCGUGUGUUAGAGAAGCCUCUAGAGAAGAAGGCAGGGCGUAACUAUGCUCCUCCUGGAACCAAGAAACUCAUCUACUUCAUAGACGACCUCAACAUGCCUGAGGUGGAUGUGUAUGGUACUGUCCAGCCACACACACUCAUACGCCAGCACCUGGACUACAACCACUGGUAUGACAGACAGAGGCUGGUGCUGAAAGAGAUCCAUAACUGCCAGUACAUCACCUGUAUGAACCCAACAGCAGGGAGCUUCUCAGUCAACCCCAGACUACAGAGGCAUUUCUCAGUGUUUGCGGUUCAUUUCCCUAGCGCUGAGGCGCUAGCCACCAUCUUCACUAGCAUCCUGUCAGCCCAUUUCCUCCAGGGGGGCUUCAGCUAUGGCGUCUCGCGCUCUGUAGGAACACUAAUACAGGCAGCCAUCUGUCUCCAUCAGAAGAUCAGUCAGAACUUCCUCCCCACGGCCAUACGCUUCCACUAUAUCUUCAACCUGAGGGACCUCUCCAACAUCUUCCAGGGUAUUCUGUUUGCCCUGCCAGAUUGUGUGCGUUACCCCAUAGACCUGGUCCAUCUGUGGCUCCAUGAGUCAUCCCGGGUUUACUCUGACAAACUGAUGGAGGAGAAGGAUGUGGAACUCUUCAACAAGAUCCUACUGGACACUGGCAAGAGAUACUUUGAGGGUAUAGAUGAGUCUAUUUUCAUCCACCAGCCCCUGGUGUACUGUCACUUUGCCCAUGGGGUGGGGGAGCCCAGGUACCACCAGGCGUCAGACUGGGAGAAGCUCCAGAAGACCCUGACUGAUGCUCUGGAACACUACAACGAGCUGCAUGCUGUCAUGAACCUGGUGCUCUUUGAGGAGGCCAUGCAGCAUGUGUGUCGUAUCAGUCGUAUCCUGGAGGCCCCCCAUGGUAAUGCUCUGCUGGUGGGGGUGGGAGGCAGUGGGAAGCAGAGUCUGUGUCGCCUCGCUGCCUUCCUCAGUACCCUGGAGGUGUUCCAGAUUACACUGAGGAAGGGCUACGGGAUACAUGACCUACGGAGUGAUAUAGCAGCGCUGUACAUCAAGGUGGGGGUGAAGAAUAUUGGGACAGUCUUCCUCCACACAGACGCCCAGAUCCCAGACGAACGCUUCCUGGUCCUCAUCAACGACAUGCUGGCAUCAGGGGACAUCCCAGACCUGUUCAGUGAGGAGGAAGUGGAUAUGAUCGUGACGUCCAUCCGUAUGGAGCUAAGAGGACUGGGCCUGAUUGACAACAGAGACAACUGCUGGGCCUUCUUCAUCGAGAGGAUACGGAGGCAGCUCAAGGUGGUCCUAUGUUUUUCCCCGGUAGGGUUCACCCUGCGUACCCGUGCUCGUAAGUUCCCGGCCCUGGUCAACUGCACGGCCAUAGACUGGUUCCACUCCUGGCCUCAGCUGGCCCUUCAGUCUGUCAGCACCACGUUCAUAGAGAAGAUACCUGAUCUGGAGCCGGAUGUCCGUGCGUCCAUCAGUGAGUUUAUCUCCUACGCCCAUACCAGUGUUAACGAGGUGAGUGUGAAGUACCAGCAGAACGAGAAGCACUUCAACUACACCACUCCCAAGAGCUUCCUGGAGUUCAUGAAGCUGUACGGUAACCUACUGGGGACAAAACGCAGAGAGCUCACUCAGAAGAUGGAGAGACUGGAGAACGGCCUGCAGAAACUACAGACCACAGCCUCACAGGUGGAGGAUCUAAAGGCUAAGUUGGCAGUCCAGGAAGUAGAGUUGUGGCAGAGGAACACAGACACAGAGGCUCUCAUCUCUAAGAUCGGCCAGCAGACAGACAAACUCAACCAGGAGAGGGCUGUGGCAGACGCAGAGGAACAGAGGGUAGGAACCAUCCAGGCUGAGGUGACCACGCAGCAACAGCAGAGUGAAGAGGAUCUGGCGAAGGCUGAACCUGCCUUACAGGCAGCUAACGCAGCCCUCAACACACUCAACAGGCUGAACCUGACAGAGUUGAAGACAUUCCCUAACCCCCCAGCCAUAGUGACUAACGUGUCUGCUGCUGUCAUGGUGCUACUGGCUCCUCAUGGUAAAUUACCCAAAGACCGCAGCUGGAAGGCAGCGAAAGUCGUCAUGAGCAAGGUGGAUGACUUCCUACAGGCGUUGGUGAACUUCGACAAGGAACACAUCCCGGAAUCGACAGUGAGGUGCGUGAGAGAUGAGUACCUCAGUGACCCAGAGUUUAACCCUGAGUUUGUCAGACUCAAAUCAUCCGCCGCCGCUGGUCUCUGUGCCUGGGUCCUCAACAUCAUACGCUUCCACGAGGUGUUCUGUGAGGUGGAGGUGAAGAAGCUGUGUCUGUCUCAGGCUAAUGCUGACCUGGCUGAGGCUGCAGACAAACUAGAAGCCAUUAGGAAGAAACUAGCUGAGUUGGACUGUAGUCUGGACACCCUGACUGCUGCCUUUGAGAAGGCUACCUCUGAGAAGCUUCGCUGUCAGGACGAGGUCAACCACACCAACAAGACCAUCGAACUGGCCAAUCGCCUCGUCAAAGGACUCGAGUCGGAGAAUGUGCGUUGGGCCCACUCUGUAGCCGGGUACCAUGAGCAGGAGGAGACUCUGUGUGGAGACAUUCUGCUGACUGCAGCCUUCAUCUCCUACGCCGGAUCCUUCUCUAAGAAGUACCGCAGAGAACUACUGGAGAACCUCUGGAUGCCCUUCCUACGUGGCCAGAAGAUCCCCAUCCCCAUGACAGAGGGGUUAGAUCCAGUGUGUAUGCUGACUGAUGAUGCUACCGUGGCUCAGUGGAACAACGAGGGGUUGCCGGGAGACAAGAUGUCCACUCAGAACGCCACCAUCCUCACCAACUGUGAACGCUGGCCACUGCUUAUUGACCCCCAACUGCAGGGCAUCAAGUGGAUCAAGAUUCGUUAUGGCAACAGCCUCAAGGUGGUCAGCCUGGGAGAGAAAGGGUAUGUGGAUGUGAUAGAGCAGGCUGUUGUGACAGGAGACACUGUCCUCAUCGAGAAUCUGGAGGAGUCCAUCGACCCUGUCAUAGACCCUCUACUGGGACGACACACUAUCAAGAAGGGCAGUUGUAUAAAGGUGGGGGAUAAAGAGUGUUUCUUCCACCCAGCGUUCAGACUGAUCCUCCACACUAAGCUGGCUAACCCCCACUAUAAGCCUGAGAUCCAGGCCCAGACCACCCUCAUCAACUUCACUGUUACAAGAGACGGCCUGGAGGACCAGCUGCUGGCCCAGGUGGUCAAUCUGGAGAGGCCCGACCUCGAGCACCUCAAGAGUGACCUGACCAAGCAGCAGAACCUGUUCAAGAUAGAGCUGAAGCUGUUGGAGGACGAGCUGCUGGGCCGUCUCUCUGCUGCUGAGAGCAACUUCCUAGGAGACAACGUCCUGGUGGAGAAACUAGAGACCACCAAGCACACGGCCGCAGAGAUCGAGAUGAAGGUUCUGGAGGCGAAGGUGAACGAGGUGAAGAUCAACGAGGCCCGAGAACACUACCGCCCCGUAGCAGUCAGAUCCUCUCUGCUCUACUUCAUCAUGAACGACCUCAACAAGAUCAACCCCAUGUACCAGUUCAGCCUCAAGGCGUUCAACGUGGUGUUCCACAAGGCGGUGGAGCAGGCAGAGGUGUGUGAGGACGUGAGGGGCAGAGUCAACACUCUAAUAGACGGCAUCACCUACUCCACCUUCAACUACAUCAGCAGAGGCCUGUUUGAGAGAGACAAACUCACCUUCACCGCUCAGCUCGCCUUCCAGUUGUUACUGAUGAGUAAGGAGAUAGACGUACGAGAACUAGACUUCCUGCUCCGCUUCAACAUCGACCACAUCUACAUCUGUCCUGUAGACUUCCUCUCCAACCAGGCCUGGAGCGCCAUCAAGACAAUGAGUUUCACUGAUGAGUUUCGUGGCCUGGACCGGGACAUCGAGGGCUCCCCUAAACGCUGGAAAAAGGUGGUAGAGUCCGAGUGUCCGGAGAAAGAGAAGUUUCCUCAGGAGUGGAAAGCAAAAAGUUCUCUACAGAAACUCAUUAUGAUGAGAGCCCUGAGACCUGAUAGGAUGACUUACGCUGUCAGGAACUUUGUGGAGGAGAAGUUGGGGGUGAAGUAUACAGAGAGGAGGAAGACCGAGUUUGCUAAGUCCUUCAGAGAGAGUGGACCUGCCUCGCCUGUCUUCUUCAUCCUGUCUCCCGGAGUGGACCCUCUCAAAGACGUGGAGUCACUGGGCAGGAAGUUAGGAUUCACCAUAGACCUGGGGAAGCUCCACAAUGUGUCUUUGGGUCAGGGCCAGGAGGCUGUGGCUGAGGUUGCCAUGGAGAUGGCUGCUAAGGAGGGACACUGGGUCAUCCUACAGAAUAUCCACCUGGUGGCUCGCUGGCUGGGGUCGUUGGAGAAGCUUCUGGAACGCUGCUGUGAGGGCAGUCACCAGGACUACAGAGUGUUUAUGAGUGCUGAGCCUGCCCCUACACCACAGGAGCACAUCAUCCCUCAGGGCAUCCUGGAGAAUGCCAUCAAGAUCACCAACGAGCCUCCCACUGGCAUGCAUGCCAACCUUCACGCUGCUCUGGACAACUUUGACCAGAAAGUGCACAUCUCCCACAGUCAGAACAGUAGACUGGUGGGCUGCAGCCUCAGUGUGAUGUGA